AAGAAAACCCUUGCAAUUUCAGUACUCUCUCUCUCUCCCUCUCUCAUCACACAAAUACAGAAGACCGCCCCGUGUGAUUCCUCUUAUCUUUUUCUCGUCGUCUAUCUCUCCACCGUCGUUGGCUACUUUCGCCACCUCCUUACCUCUCUACCCUUUCAAAACUGCCACCCACAAGCAUCCAUUUUUCUCAAUAUUUCCCUCAUUUUUUAUCGGAUUCUAAAUUUCUUAAUUUCUUAAUUUCUUAAUUUGUCGUUGUCGGUGGCUGUUAAAUAUCAUUUGACGAAUAGAAUUUCCUUAAUCCCCAUUUGAGAUCGAGUGGUGCUUUUGGAUUUAUGAUCUUCCGUCUAAAUGUGUUAUUCAAAAUCACAGGGUUUUGUGUAAGUGUGCAAUUGAAUUCUAGUUGGAUCGCGUUUAAUUACCGUUUCCUGUAUUUACAAAUUCUUGGAUCUCGAGAGCAUUAUCCGUUCUUGAAUUCCUCGCCAAUUCAGAUCCUUCCUUUACGUCCCUUUUGUUGUACCAACAACAUAAUUAAGGGUUUGGUGGUGGUAGUUGAUGAAUGGGAGUGAUAUGUACAGGGUAGAAGAUAGAGAUAAGAGAAAGAGGUUUGGGAUUGGAAUUGGAAUUGGAGUUAAGAUCAGGGCAAUGGGAUUGAAGACAUUAGGGGAAAGUAGAGUAGAAAAAUUGAAGGCAAAUGCAAGGUCUCCAAAAAUGAAGUUGUGGAUAAUUAGGGCAACAACAAUGGUGUUGUUGUGGACUUGUUUGGUUCAGUUGACAGCUUUAGGGGAUACAUGGGGACCUAGGGUUUUAAAAGGUUGGCCUUCUUCUGUCACUCAAGAUUCCCAUUCUUUAGAUGUCAAGUUUUUGCCCAGUGGUCCUGCUAGGGUUCUUCCUCCCAAGAGGGUUUAUCAAAACAAUGGUUACCUAAUGGUUUCAUGUAACGGAGGACUCAAUCAAAUGCGAUCUGCAAUUUGUGACAUGGUUGCAAUUUCAAGAUUUUUGAAUGUUACACUUAUAGUUCCCGAGCUCGAUAUAACGUCAUUCUGGGCUGAUCCAAGUGAGUUUGAGGACAUUUUUGAUGUGGAUCAUUUCAUUACUUCAUUGAGAGAUGAGGUCAGGGAUACUUAAGCAACUUCCUCCAAGGCUUAAAAAGAGAAUGGAAUUGGGAUACGUGCAUACCAUGCCUCCCGUUAGCUGGUCCGAUAUUUCUUAUUAUCAUAACCAGAUUCUUCCUUUGAUUAAGAAAUUCAAGCCUCUAGAACUUCAGAAGCUAAGGUGCCGAGUAAAUUUCAAUGCUUUGAGAUUUACUCCUCAGAUAGAAUACUUGGGUAGACGUGUAGUGCAACUUUUAAGAAAAAACGGGGCUUUUCUAGUUAGAUACGAAAUGGACAUGUUAGCAUUUUAUGGAUGCACUCAAGGAUGCAAUUCCGAUGAGGUGGAAGAGUUGACCAGAAUGAGAUAUGCAUACCCAUGGUGGAAAGAAAAGAUUAUUAACUCUGACUUGAAAAGAAAAGAUGGGUUAUGCCCUUUGACUCCUGAGGAGACACUAAGGGCACUUGACAUUGCUAGUGACAUUCAGAUUUAUGUGGCGGCUGGUGAAAUAUAUGGUGGUCAAAGGAGAAUGGCCAGCCUUGCAGCCGCUUUUCCAAAGCUGGUUAGAAAAGAGACCUUAUUAGGAGCAGAUGACCUACAAUUUUUCCACAACCAUUCGUCACAAAUGGCAGCAUUGGACUAUCUUGUAUUAUUAGAAAGUGACAUUUUUAUCCCUACUUAUGAUGGGAACAUGGCCAAAGUUGUAGAAGGCCAUCGCAGAUACUUGGGUUUCAAGAAGACGAUAUUAUUGGAUAGAAAGCUUCUGGUUGAAUUGAUAGACAGAUACACCAGUGGUUUGUUGAGCUGGGAGGAAUUCUCAAAUGCUGUGAAGGAUGCACACAUGGGGAGCCCUAAAAAAAGGAAAAAUUGUUCCCGAAAGGCCAAAAGAAGAAGACUACUUUUAUGCAAAUCCAGAAGAGUGCUUGCAGCCAUUAGGAGACAUAGACCCUGUGACUCUGAGCAUCCUAAGAUGAGUAGGCUCUUGUGGAAUAUUUAGGUCAGUAUCUUUAUCAGAGGCCUCAUCCAGUUGCAAGAUUGUGGUUCAUUAUGGUUCACUGCCUUCGAGCCAGUGGUGCAGGAGGUGGGUCAAUCUUGAUCGAGGCGGCAGGUGGUGGUGGGUGGUGGACUUCCACGUUGUUGACCAUGUUUUCGUAGGGCUGAGAUGGCGUUUAUUAUUAGGAACUCUAUUUUUUUUUGGCUUACAUAUUAUUGGUAAUAAUGCAGAUUCAUGUAUAGGAAUUAGUAAUUACCCUGGCAUUGCAGGGUUGUAUCUUGGGCCUUGAAACUACCGAUGUACACAUUGAUAUGAAAUAUAGAUUUGUUUUUGCCCGGUAAAUGUAUCUCAUCAGUGAAGACUUAAAAGCACGAUGAUACAACAGGUGUAAUGUAGAGUUAGUUUUUGGGUUAUUGGUGAGUGUGUGUUCUUUAGUU